UGUGGAGCACUUCAGAGAUCGGUUUAAAGGUUUUCCAGGGUUGAUACAGUACAUUGAGGGGACUUGGCUGGGACACAGAGAGAAGUUCGUAUCUUGCUGGACGGACUUAGUCCUACAUUUUGGAAACACCACCACAUGUAGAGUCGAGAGCGCACAUGCUCAGCUUAAGCAGUGGCUCAACUCUAGCACCGGUGCUCUGGACACAGUCUGGACGAAGGUCGACAAAGUUAUACAGUCGCAGCUGAUAGAUAUCCGCAAAACACUUGAGGACUCCAGACGGACUAUUGGCGUACAUCGACGCGGUUUUCCAUUUGACAAGCUCUCAUGCAGAGUGUCGCAUUACUGUCUGGAUUUAAUAUCGAAAGAACUAAGGCGUAUGCGAGAAUUGAGUACCGAUGUCUACGAUCGCUGUGGUUGUGUGGUUAGAUCAACACAUCAGAUCCCCUGUGCAUGUGAGCUGCGAGCGGUGGUCGAUUCAGGUAACCCGAUCAGCCUUGACAGUAUACACCCGUUUUGGACGAAACUUGUUAUUCUCGGCGAUGGGUUGGACACAUCUGCGCAACCCGAUUUUGCUGGUUUUCAGACUGAGGAACAUCAGUAUUUUCACGAGGUCGCCGAGGAGGUCAUGACUAAGGAUCCUUCAGUGUUGCGUGAUAUUUCUCGUAUUGUUCGAGAGCGACUUCACCCCGAAGACUUAGGCUACAUGGAACCAGAAGUUAAAACAAAUGUCAAAGGUCGACCAAAGGGGAGCAAAUCAACGAAGCGGGAUCCGAGUCGUCAUGAGUACAAGGACCGUGUACCUGGUCGUCCUAAAUCUUCCAAAGCUCAGAAAAAUCGUACAUCCGCGUCAGCUGGUUUGCAAAAUGCGGAGGUUAUUCCAGGAUUCCUUUUACCAUUCGUUGACGAGCUUGUGGACGUGCGUGGAGACGGCAACUGUGGAUUUCGCGUGGUGGCAGACCACAUAUAUGGUGACGAGAAGAUGUGGGGAAUGACUAGAAUGAACAUUGCAAACGAAAUCUCCGCCCACCCUUAUCGAUACGAGGGUAUUUUCAUUGAUGGGUUGCAAGCGGCCAUUACACGUAUUAGCUGGGAAGGCGGAGAGUGUGGCCCCAGCUACUGGAUGCAGGUAUUGGAUGACUUGUUCCCUAUUGCCACUAUCUUCAAUGCAGCUGUUAUUUACAUACAAGGCGGGACGCUACAACAGACGCGGUUCUCUUCGUUUACUGUUCUGCCUUUGCAUUCCUCUGAGGUUCACUCACGACCAUCGAAGGAGAUAGUGAUAUUGUAUAUUAGUGGACGCGCACAUUUUGUUAGGUUGAAUUUGCAGGAUAAUUUUCCUGUCCCACCAAUUCCCACGCUGUGGUUCCAGCACAGGGACCAUACUGUUCAGUCUUGGCAUACUUUAUAUGCUAAUAGGAGAGAGCAAUGGGAUAGUUUGAUAGGUAUGGCAGAUUGA